UUCUAGGGAACUUCAACAUUGAAGUUUUCUUUCUUGUCUCACCCUUACUUUUUUGUUCUUUGAUCUUUCCACUAUUUCAUUGAGCCAAAAUCGACAUCUCCAAAAUUGGAUCUGCGUUUUGCUAGAACGGAUUCAACAAAGGAAAAAAAAAAAGAAAAGAAAAGAAAAGGAAGAACUCCCCCCAAAAAGGAAAAAGAAAAGGAGAAGAAAGCCCAAGAUACCCACGAUGCCACCCGCAUCUACUACAACCUCACCUCCAACUGCCGCCUCGGCAGUGGCAAGCGGAAAUAUCGAAACAGAAUCCAAUGCGCAAGAUCCCGACAGCACCCAAAGUUUACCUUUGUCGCCUCAAAUUGAAAUACAGCAAUAUGUCGAUGCGCUUGGGCGACCGUCACUUGUCUCUCACUUGUCUGCGCCGCCUACCGCUCCUCGCUUUCAAAGCCCCAUGAGGCAACACAAGAGAACGCCGUCUCAACAUCGCGAAAUAAAAGAAACACUCAAUGCCAAGACGGAGUACACAAACGACGAGACAGAUGGGAGGUCGCAACAAACCAUAAACCAAUACACCAUCAAGGAGGAGAUUGGGAGGGGUUCGUACGGUGCCGUACACCUUGCUACAGAUCAGUUUGGGAAAGAAUAUGCUCUCAAAGAAUUCUCAAAAUUGCGCCUCCGAAAACGAGUCCAGUCGAAUAUUUUACGAAGACCCGAGGGGGGGAGACCACGGUCUCUCGGCCCCGGGCAAGGCUUAUUCAAUGUUCAUAGAAAGCAACUAAGCCAUCAUGAUGCUGCCGAGGCAAAAGAUGCCCUUUACCUCAUACGAGAGGAGAUCGCCAUCAUGAAGAAACUUGACCACCCGAACUUGGUGCAACUGAUCGAAGUCUUAGAUGACCCAGACAAUGACUCGUUAUACAUGGUUUUGGAAAUGUGUAAAAAGGGAGUUGUCAUGAAAGUCGGUCUCGAUGACCAAGCUGAUCCUUAUGAUGACGAACAGUGUCGCUACUGGUUUCGCGACCUGAUUUUAGGAAUUGAGUAUCUGCACAGUCAAGGUGUUGUACAUCGAGAUAUUAAACCAGAUAACCUCCUGCUCACUGAAGAUGACGUGCUGAAAAUCGUGGAUUUUGGAGUGUCGGAGAUGUUCGAGAAACCAGACCGCAUGAUGACCAGCAAAGCUGCGGGCUCUCCCGCCUUUUUGCCGCCUGAGCUAUGUCAAGCCAGGCAUGGCGACGUCCCAGGGAAACCGGCGGAUGUUUGGUCCAUGGGAGUUUCUCUGUACUGUCUCAAAUACGGCAGAUUACCUUUCAAGCGAGACAAUGUGCUGGAGAUGUAUGAAGCAAUACGAACCGAGGAGCUGCAAAUACCAGUCGAUAACGAAGACCCGGCGUUCGUUGAUUUAAUUACAAGAAUUCUGGAUAAGAAUAACGAAACAAGGAUAAGUCUGCGGGAGAUACGAAAUCACCCUUGGGUCACAAAAGGGGGUAGCGACCCUCUACUUUCAGAAGAAGAGAAUUGUUCAGAUGUGGUGGAAGCGCCCAAUGCUCUCGAACUCAACCACGCGUUUACGCAGAAGAUGGACCACCUUCUCUGCGUGCUAAUGGCAAUCAACCGAUUCAAAGGACUCAUCUCCAAGAGCAGGGUCGUGACACCAGAGGUCAGAACGCCACGAACAUCCCUCGCGCCAGGUUUUGCAGAACACAUGGCCAUCCCUGAGGACUUGGUGAUAGAAAAAAGCUCAAAUCCGGAACCUCAAACUCCUACACAGCCGUCCCGUCAAAAAUCCAUCGCGGAAGAGGCUGCAGAACUCAUAAGGCAACGCAGGGCUUUUCUGGCGUCCCAGCAGCACGCUUCCACUCAUCCACCGGCGUCAGGUGGGGUGGGUGAGAAGGGUCAUGCGCAUGACUUGACAGACAAGACACCCUUAUUGCUAGGUAUCGGCACUGGUGGACAUGACGAUUUCGCAGGUUCGGAUCCUCCAGCCGAUGUCGUGUCUGACUCGCCUACCGGGAUCGAAUUCGACAUAUACGACCGCGCUUUUGAAACGGAGAUCAAGCGUAUCCGUUCCGAUAAGAAGAAGGGCCGUGCCAGAACUUAUCUUACGCGACUUGUAGGAGAGCAGGAGGUGAAUAAGUAUGCUGGUGACGACUGUAUGGUGCUGGAUGCUGGGAAAUCACCAACGAGCAAUGUCAGUUUUCGUAACUCAUCGGCCAUAGGAAGAGGCCUGAAUCAGCUGUAUGAGGUGAAGGAACGUUGGCAACAUGAUUCUAAUGGGGUAGAGGGAAAGCGCGGAGCCUCGGAGGGUGUCAAGGAAGCGGUCGAGACAGUGAAAGAGAAGGGCAAUCGUUUCGCAGAUUUAGUUACGGCCAUGAGGAAAGACUUGAAGGGACAAAACUCGAACUAGGAGGU